AUGCUGGGACAACUCGUGGGAUCCGCCAUGCUCUUGGCCGCCACUGCCAUCUUUCUGUACUACACGGCAUGGACUCUUUUGAUGCCCUUCGUUGACGAUGGUCAUCCUCUCCACAAUCUGUUCCCACCUCGCGUAUAUGCGAUUCGCAUACCCGUUUUCCUCACUCUGCUGGGUUCGGCCGUGGUUGGCACGUUUAUUGGGAUUGUAAUGAUCAACAGCAACAAGAAGAAGGCGGCCAAGGCCAAAGCGGCCGCAAAGAAGAAGACUUGA